UUGUUUCGUCUGUCUGAGGCCGCCGCGACCGACUCACAUGCUGAUGGGUUGAGGGGCAGACAGCUGUUUUCUUUCUACGUUCGAUUGUGUCAAAAACCUAGCAUCGAUACACAAGAUGAACCGAGACAAAGAAUUCAGCCAGAACAAAACCGAAAAUCCAAUCCGGAAUGCAUCCUUCCUGUCGCGACGUACCUUCUGGUGGUUAAAAGAAAUUUUCCGUGCCGGCCAGAGAAAUGAAAUCACCGAGGAUUUCCUGUACGCAACCUUGCCGGAACACCAGAGUCAACGGCUUUCGGACAAAUUCGAGCGGCUGUGGGCGGACGAAUUGCAGCGGCCACAUCCCAGUUUGAUGCGGUUGUUCUAUCGCGCUUUCUGCAAAGCAACCCUACUUUGGGGUUUGUUAUAUUCAAUAGUCGAAACGACCAACCGCGUGGCUCAACCACUUUUGCUGGGUGGUCUGGUUUCCUACUUCUCUCCGGGUCAAACAGAGAUUAGCAAAGCACAAGCAUACUACUACGCUGCCGGUGUAAUCGGCUGUUCAUUGUUUCCAGUACUUACAUUCCAUCCAUUCAUACUGUACAUCCUCGAAGUUGGUAUGAAACUUCGCAUCGGUAGUUCCUGUCUGAUUUAUAGCAAGUGUAUGAAGCUUAGCAAAUCGGCCACCAACACAGAUGGCCUAAGUGGAAAAAUCAUCAACCUGCUAUCGAACGAUGUCAGCAAGUUCGAUGUUGCUCUCGCUUUCGUGCACGAUCUCUGGAAGGGCCCAUCCGAGUGUCUUCUAUUAGGUUACUUUAUCUACCUCGAGAUCGGCUAUUCCGGUCUACUUGGAAUGGCGUUCCUUCUCAGCUUUAUCCCACUACAAGCAUGGAUCGGCAAAAAAACCGCCACCUACCGCAUGAGGGCGGCCAAACGAACCGACCUGCGGGUGCGUUUCAUGAACGAAAUCAUACAGGGCAUUCAGGUGAUCAAGAUGUACACCUGGGAGAGCUCGUUUGCCAAAAUGAUCAACCAGAUACGGCGCAAGGAGAUCAAUGCGAUUCGCGGCGGGGCCUACAUUCGGGCUACGUUGACCUCGUUCUUCGUGAUUUCACGGGUUUCGAUAUUUCUCAGCUUGCUGUCCUACCUGUACGCCGGGAAUUUUAUUACGGCACGGAAAGUGUUUAUCGUGUCCAGCUUCUACAACAUCCUGAACGAAUCCAUGGUACACUUUUGGCCUUUGGCGAUAACCUUCUGUGCCGAAGGGUAUAUUUCGAUGAAACGGAUACAAGACUAUUUACUGACGGCGGAAGGAAAACCGAAAAUUCCCGUCACAUCGACCGAAUCGGGUGCAAUCAAAGCCAAAGGUACAGUUUUGAUAGAGGAUGAAGAGAAGCGGGUCAAAAGCAAUGGAAAGACUCAGGAGGAAGAGGUAGAACGCUUGCUGUUGGCCCGAAGAGUCGUGAAUGCUUCCAGUGAAAAGAAAGGCAUCGUAAUGGAAAACGUUACGGCAAAAUGGGUCAUGAGUGAAGAAGAUUCCAGCGUGGGAUUGUCUUCGGUAACGGCAACUAUCGACGAGGGCCAACUGUGUGCUGUAAUUGGUGCCGUCGGAUCGGGAAAAUCGACGCUGCUCCAGGUUAUACUGGGAGAACUGGAAGUUGAUGAGGGUUUGGUGCAAGUCAAUGGAACAAUCAGUUAUGCAGCCCAGGAACCUUGGCUUUUCGAAGGAAGUAUCCGAAAUAACAUAACAUUCAUCGAAGACUACGAUGAACAGAGGUACUUGGAAGUGGUCAGGGUGUGUGCGCUCGAGCGUGAUUUCGAGCUGUUUCCGCAUGGGGAUCAGACGAUCGUUGGCGAGCGAGGCAUCAGUCUUAGUGGCGGUCAAAAGGCAAGAGUCAAUCUAGCUCGGGCCGUGUAUAAGAAGAGCGAUAUCUAUUUAUUGGAUGAUCCGCUAUCCGCGGUGGAUACACACGUCGGCAAACACAUUUUUGAUCUGUGCAUCCGCGAGUUUUUAGCCGAUAAGGUAUGCGUUUUGGUGACGCAUCAAUUGCAGUAUUUGAAGGAUGUCCAGCAUGUGCUGUUAAUGGACGUCGGCACGGUCGAAUUGGAAGGGCCCUAUCGAGAGAUUAAGAGAACUCGACUCGAUUCUCUCUCGACGCCAACCCCGGAGGAGACCACAGGCGAAAAUAAGUUCGAACAAGACUUCCAAAAACUGACAGCACACAGUGCAAAGGUGGAUCUAAACAUGGAAAAACAGGAAGAAGAAAAGGAAUCUCAAGGUGAAGGAAAAGUUGACUUUUCCGUCUAUAAAACCUAUUUCACAGCGAUUGAUAGUACUCUGUGGAUAUUGUUUAUCGCGCUGCUGAUUGUCCUGGCGCAGGUUGCGAUGAGCAGCGUGGAUUAUUUCGUGGCUCAGUGGGUGAACUGGGAGGAAUCCCUUGGACCACAAACAGUCGUACUUAAGGAUAACCAUAACCAAACUGAUGAGACUCCACUGGAUUACAACGUAUCAAUGGCGGCACAAACGGAUCCAAUCCACGAUGAAGAACGACAGACGUACAUUAAGACGUAUGCCAUUCUGUUAGGUGCGUUCGUAUAUUUGAUCGUGCAGCGAACGUUCUCAUUCUACCAUGCAUGUUUACGAAUCUCGAUGAAACUCCAUGAUAAAAUGUUUCGCGGACUCACUCGUGCUACAAUGCACUUUUUCAAUACCAACCCAUCCGGUCGAGUGCUGAAUCGUUUUUCCAAGGAUAUUGGAACAAUCGACACCAGCCUGCCAAUGUCAUUAGCCGAGUGUUUGGUCUUUGCACUGGAAAUACUAGCCGUAGUGUCACUGGUUUCAAUCGUUAACUAUUGGUUUCUGCUACCAACGGCCAUCAUCGCAACAUUGAUGUUCUUCAUCCGAAAGAUUUACCUCAACAGUUCGCGGGCAGUGAAGCGCAUCGAAUCGGUCAACCGCUCGCCAAUUUUCACGCACACAAAUGCUACCCUACAGGGACUGUCUACGGUUCGUGCCUUCCAGGCCCAAGACGCACUAACCAAGGAAUUCAACGAACAGAUGGACGUCAAUACCUCGGCUUUUUACAUUUUCAUUACCACCACCAGAGCGUUCGCCCUUUGGCUGGAUUUGGUGUGCGUUAUCUACGUGGCAGUGGUUACACUGAGCUUCCUACUGUGGGGUCAGGACACGCUGGGAGGUAGCGUUGGUCUGGCCAUAACGCAGACCAUCAGCUUGAUAGGGAUGUGUCAGUGGGGUAUGAGACAAUCGGCGGAAUUGGAAAAUCAAAUGGUUUCGGUGGAAAGAGUGAGCGAGUAUACGAAUUUACCGCCGGAACCUCCGCUGGAGACCGCACCAAAAUACAGGCCACAGAAAAGUUGGCCCGAAGAGGGUGUUAUUAAGUUUAUCAACGUGGAUCUUAGCUAUUCGGAUGACGGAGAGAAGGUGCUCAAGGAUUUAAGCUUUGCCAUUCAGUCGAACGAAAAAAUUGGAAUCGUCGGAAGAACUGGUGCCGGGAAGUCUUCGCUCAUUCAGGCCUUGUUUCGGUUAGCACCCUACGAUGGAACGAUCGAAAUCGAUGGCAUCAAUACGAAGACACUCGGGUUGAAGGAUCUGCGAAGCAAAAUAUCGAUUAUUCCACAGGAUCCAAUACUGUUCUAUGGCACGUUGAGAAGUAAUUUAGAUCCGUUCGAGGAAAAAAGUGACGAAGAACUGUGGAGUGCGCUGGAUCAAGUGGAAUUGAAAGAGGCCGUGUCCUCCUUCACCGGUGGCUUGGAAUGUAAAAUGUCCGACGGUGGCAGUAACUUUAGUAUGGGUCAGCGUCAGCUGGUUUGCCUAGCAAGAGCAAUUCUCAGAAGGAAUAAAAUUCUAGUUCUUGAUGAAGCUACCGCGAAUGUUGAUCCAGAGACGGAUAAACUGAUUCAAACUACAAUUCGCACCAAAUUCGCAGACUGCACAGUAUUAACCAUAGCACAUCGCUUACACACGGUUAUGGACAGUGACCGGGUGCUGGUAAUGGACGCCGGACGAGUCGUCGAAUUUGGUCACCCAUACAAACUGCUGCAUGGAGGCGGUGGCUAUCUGCGCAGGCUGGUGGAACAAACUGGCGUAGCAACGGCUGCCUCAUUAAUGCGAAUUGCUGAUGAAAACCACAAAAAACUCGAAAUGUAG